AUGGCUCCAAAGCGUAAGGCCUCAGUGCAGAAUAAGGUCCCUCAGAAGAAGAAGGGGCACCAGGGGACAGAGGAGGAAGACAAUUUCCACUCCACAGCUGAGGCCCUCCGGACUGCACCUGCAGAAAUGCGCAGAGUCCGCGUGGACCCUGUGUGCCCGCUGAGCCACAGGCCUGGGACCCAGGUGCAUGAAGACUAUGACUGCACCCUGAAUCAGACCAACAUCGGGAACAACAACAACAAGUUCUACAUUAUCCAGCUGCUGGAAGAUGGCAACAGCUUCAGCUGCUGGAAUCGCUGGGGCCGCGUGGGAGAAGUGGGCCAGUCAAAGCUCAGUCACUUCCCGUCGCUGGAGGCAGCCAAAAAGGACUUUGAGAAGAAGUUUCGGGACAAGACCAAGAACAGCUGGGCUGAACGAGACCACUUCGUGGCCCACCCUGGCAAGUACACACUUAUCGAGGUGCAAGGAGAAGACGAGACCCAGGAGGCUGUGGUGAAGGUGAGUGGAGGCCCCAUGGAGACUGUGGUCCAGAGAGUUCAGCCCUGCUCCCUGGACCCAGCCACACAGAAGCUCAUCACCAACAUCUUCAGCAAAGACAUGUUCAAAAAUGCUAUGACCCUCAUGAAUCUGGAUGUGAAGAAGAUGCCCCUGGGAAAGUUAAGUAAGCAACAGAUAGCACGGGGCUUUGAGGCCUUGGAGGCACUGGAGAUGGCCCUGAAAGCCCCCAUGGAUGGCAGCCCCAGCCUGGAAGAGCUGUCCUCCCGCUUCUACACUGUCAUCCCCCACAACUUUGGGCGCAUCCGGCCACCACCCAUCAACUCUCUUGAACUGCUGCAGGCCAAGAAGGACAUGCUGCUGGUGCUGGCAGACAUCGAGCUGGCCCAGACUCUACAGGCAGCUCCUGAGGAAGAGAAGAAGGUGGAGGAGGUGCCACACCCUCUGGAUCGAGACUACAAACUCCUCAAGUGUCAGCUUCAGCUGCUGGACUCGGGAGCACCCGAGUACAAGGUGAUCCAGACCUACUUGGAACAGACUGGCAGCACCUACAGGCGCCCUGCCCUUCAACAUGUGUGGAAAGUGAACCGAGAAGGAGAAGGAGACAGGUUCCAGGCCCACUCGAAGCUGGGUAAUCGGCGACUGCUGUGGCACGGCACCAAUGUGGCCGUGGUGGCCGCCAUCCUCACCAGCGGGCUUCGCAUCAUGCCACACUCUGGUGGCCGUGUCGGCAAGGGCAUCUACUUUGCCUCAGAGAACAGCAAGUCUGCUGGCUAUGUUACUGGCAUGUCCUGCGGGGCUCACCACAUCGGAUAUAUGUUCCUGGGCGAGGUGGCACUGGGCCAAGAGUACCACAUCACCAUUGAUGAGCCCACCUUGAGCCAGCCACCCUCUGGCUUCGACAGUGUCAUCGCCCGAGGCCACACAGAGCCUGAUCCAACCCAAGACACGGAGCUGGAACUGGAUGGGCAUCAAGUGACGGUGCCCCAGGGCCGGCCUGUGCCCUGCCCCAAGUUCAGCAGCUCCAGUUUCUUCCAGAGUGAGUACCUCAUCUACCAGGAGAGCCAGUGCCGCCUGCGCUACCUGCUGGAGAUUCGCCUCUGA